AUGUGUAUAUUCUGUGGUGAAACCAACGAAUCUUUCACAGAAGAGAUGCUAGACAUGCAUUAUUGGAAGAGCUGUCCCAUGCUCAAAAGAUGCGACCACUGCGCUCAGGUGAUAACAACAGUCAAACCCCCGUUAAUACGGAUACUAAGGGGGCCAUAUAGAGUAUCCGCACUAACGGUGUGAGCGUAUUAAGUGGGUUGAAUGUAGAGAAAAUGUAAGGGCUUUCUUCCCCCAGGGACAAUGCACACUGUCCGUGAUUAUGAGGUGUCAGUAUUAUGCGGGUGUCCGUGAAGCGGGGUUUGACUGAACUUACUUUCAUUCUGUGCAGCCCCAGUUCUCGGGAUCUUUUUGCUCUGGAAGGUUUCAGCCCCAAAGAGUCUGAAGAUUGUUUGAGAAAUAAAAAUAAAUGUGGCUUUUAAGUCACUUCGGUCAAGAUUUUCAAUGAUCUUUCGAAGUCGUCCGUUCAUUUCCGAGUGUAAUAGUCUGACUGGUACAAUUUGAUGUUUUUUUUUUCUUUUCUUAUUAAACAAUUUCUUCAAAACUGCAUGCAAAUUGUGAUCAGCCUUUGUUGCUUGAACGAAAUAUGAUUGACUCUUGCGUAACAAUGGUAUCUUUUAAGGCCUGCUGCAGGCAGGGCUGUCAAAAAGUUUUUAAGUAGCAGGCUGAUAAUGAAUAGAAGGUGGCUUUGGAACUCGCACCAAAGGCACAAGUUUCUUAGGGCCAAGGCAUCUAUGGACAUUUUGAAAUUCAGAGUCUCGGAAGUGGAGUUUCCAGAGGUUAUUAAGGGGUAUUUUCCACCGCGGACACCAGGUUGUUUCGUCAGAAUACACGCAAGACAGGUAACAAUGCCGUCAAAAUAUCGCAGGCGCUCCACGACAUCGCACGGCUGGAACGUUUCACAGAUCUAAACCUGUUAUGUUAUGUUUAAAUAUGCGUUCAAUGUCAUUCAAAACUGGGAAACGGAUGCUUUACAAUUUUAUUCGAAGGUACUUAUUUUUUGUCAGCAGUUAUGGUAGAAGGAGAUGAAAGUAGCCGGCUAAGAAUGGCUAUCUAGCCGGCGGUUUUGGCCGGCUACCGGCCCUUAUUGACACCCCUGCCUGCUGUGGACGUCGAGUGUCGAACUUCUCUUGUGCUAUUAAAAUACAUUGCUUGUAAGUUAGGACAACCCUUUCACUAAUGAGUAUUAGAUUCGGCGGAUGCGAGGCCAAGCCAUUCAAAAAUACUCUGGCCUGUGUAAAAGAACAAAGUGCUAAAAAUACAGAGCUCGGCAAAUGCCUGCCACUGUGUGCGAACAAGUCACUGAAUGCCUUUAGUGGUAGGUUUUUAAUCCUGACAGGUUGAUAAAGUUAAGCGCAAGAUUUUUUAGCCAAUCAAAUAAAUUAGAAGGUUUUGUCGUUAACCAACCUCGUUCCCAGGGUUCUCUCCUACCAGUCCCUACGGAGCGAGAGACGGGUAGGAGAGACUCCCCCCCACCUACCGGUUCUAUUACUUACCAUCCCCUCCCAUCUCUCUCAGGUGAUAGAAAUCUCAGGCGUUAGUGAGCAUCUGCUGACCGAGUGUGAGUCCAGUGAUAAGUUCGCUCAGUGUCCGCGCUGCAAGGAAGCGAUUCCUAAAGAAGACCUUGAUGAACACUUUGCUGAGAAAAGCUGUCAGGGUAACUAUGUAUUCUCUUUAGGAGUGUCAGUACUGUCAGUGUGAUAUCUUUUGGCAGCUGCGAUCAUGCCCUCUCCCUAUAUUUGUAACGCUCAAGAGGGCAUCUCGCAAAUGAUAAUAAUGAUAAUGACAAUAAGUGUCCGACCGCUGGCCGAAGAUCCCGAUUUACUUCGUAGCUUAGUAAGAAGAGCGCCAGCCGUUAGAGUGAAAAGUCAGUUUGUUUUCUUUGCCCUACGGUCAGGAGGAGUUAAUUCUGUUGCGCGCAAAAAGGACGUCUGCGCAGGGCACUAACAAUCUUUCGAACAGCCCUGAUUUUGUUACUUGAUCCUGCACACAGCUGCGCCAAUAUUUUCGCGAACACUGAGUUAGUUGGUUCUCUGAACAGACUAAAACUGACUCUAUUAUACAUUUGUCUGUGUUUUUUAAAGCAUCCAAGGGUCCACGCUGCGUCUUGUGUAACAAAGUUCUUGGUAAUGGAGAUGAGGUAUGUGGUCCUUGUUUGUCAGGAAAAAAAUAG